CAAUUCCCGCGCAAUGGAAGGUUGGCAUUUGCUUCACAGAUCAGAAGGCGAACUAACGUACGCUUUCUCGGAAUAAGCUAAAUUAUUGAACGAGCUCGCUUUGUAAGAUUCCUGGUCAAACAACCCACAUGCACGAGCUCAACUGUGACGCAUGAACGGGAAAAACAACGUUAAACAAAGAAGGAAAAAAAAGGCUCCUUCUUUUCCCCCUGUUUCCCGGAUCUAUAGGUGUCACUCUUUUCACUUCACUUCUGUUCCUGGGUCUUAUGCUUUCUCUGAAAGAGUUCUCAACUUUCCCGAGAAAAUAAUGAAGUGAAAGUUUGCUCUGAGUUUGCACAACAAUCUGAUGUGAAAGAUGGACACUGUGCAGCAAGGCAGGUCUCUGGCCGAGACCCCAACUUAUCUGGUUGCUUCAGUUGUUACCGUCUUAGUCUUUGUGUGCCUAUUCGUGGAAAGGUCCAUUUACAGAUUUGGAAGGUGGCUGAAGAAGACUAGGAGAAAGGCUCUCUUUGUUUCCUUGGUGAAGAUUAAGGAAGAGUUGAUGCUGCUUGGACUCAUCUCUCUACUGCUGGCACAAUGGGCAAAUUGGAUCUCUCAGAUUUGCGUUAACUCAUCUCUCUUCAGCAGCAAAUUCUAUCUAUGCUCCGAACAGGACUUUGAAACCGCAGGGAAUGUUGUGUCUGAAAGUUCCUUCUCUUUUCUGAAUGAGACUGAUAUUCCUCCGAAAGGAAUUAAAGCUCUGUCUCAUCAAUGUGGAGAGGGCCGAGAACCUUUUGUUUCAUAUGAAGGUCUCGAGCAGCUUCACCGUUUUCUCUUCGUCCUUGGUAUUACCCAUGUUCUCUAUAGCUGCCUGGCAGUUGGCCUUGCCAUGAGCAAGAUUUACAGCUGGAGGAAAUGGGAAAACCAGGCUACUUCAACUACUGAAGGGAAUGUCCAAGCAAGGAAAGCCAAGAUUAUGAGGCGGCAGUCUACAUUUGUUUUUCACCACACGUCUCAUCCAUGGAGCCGGAAUAGGGUCCUUAUUUGGAUACUUUGCUUCCUUCAUCAAUUUAGGAGUUCCAUCCGAAGAUCAGAUUACCUGGCUUUACGUUUGGGUUUCAUCACUAAACACAAUUUGCCCCACUCUUACAAUUUUCACAAGUAUAUGGUACGAAGCAUGGAAGAUGAGUUUCAAGGUAUUUUGGGAAUCAGUUGGCCACUGUGGGGUUAUGCUAUCAUUUGCAUCUUUGUGAAUGUCCAUGGUCUCAAUGUUUAUUUCUGGCUUUCGUUCAUCCCUGCCAUUCUUGUCAUGUUGGUGGGGACAAAGCUCCAGCAUGUUGUCUCUUCACUAGCCCUUGAAAUUGGAGAGCCCACAGGUCCAUCCAAUGCAACACAAGUAAAGCCUCGGGAUGAUCUGUUUUGGUUCGGAAAGCCAGAGAUAUUGUUACAAUUAAUACAGUUCAUCAUAUUUCAGAAUGCCUUCGAGAUGGCAACAUUUAUCUGGGCAUUGUGGGGAUUUAAACAAAGGUCAUGCUUCAUGAAGAACCAUUUAUUAGUAAUCAUUCGCCUUGCUUCUGGGGUCAUCGUUCAGUUCUGGUGCAGUAAUAGCACAGUUCCCCUGAAUGUAAUUGUCACACAGAUGGGAUCUCGGUGCAAAAAAGCCCUGGUUGCGGAGAGCGUGAGGGAGUCCCUCCAUAGCUGGUGCAAGAGAGUGAAGGCAAAAUCGAAGCGUGAUUCUGUACGUUCGUACACCGUGAGGUCUACUUGUUCGCUCGAAUCAACAAUAGAUGAGAGGGAUGAAAUUACAGUGGCAUCAGGUACAUUAUCUCGGAGCUCUUCGCUAGCCUCCCUCAAUAAUCAAGACACGGUCACAUCAAUAGACCAGAUAGAGACCGUCCUCGAUAUUCCUGAUCGUCCGCAAAAGGAGUUUUUGUCUCGGAUGGAGGAGUACUUGUCCGAGUCCUUGCGUAUGAGCACGCCACACUCGCAUCAUGGCGAAGAAGACGAUGCGGAAGAAGUUGGGCAGGAAGGUCAAAAUGAGACUCUGGAAGAGUUGUUUCGGAAGACCUGAACCACGUGAUUCAGACCGAUCGGCUUAGUUACAGGAUGACGGAAUGACAUUAUACUCAUCUACAUUCACGAUAUUGUAGAAAAACCGAGCUCUGUUUAUCUUGUAUUACCCAAAAUCCUGGAGGAUAUCUUCCUCUCAAUUAAGCCGGUUAAGGUACAAAA